AUGGCAGACGAAGAAGAUGCCAAGUCGCCGCAAAAGCGAACCCAUUCGGAUUUUGCGGAAGAUGCAGAGAGCUCCUCCGACGAUGACAUGGGGCCUCAGCUGCCGUCGGCAGCACCCAAGAAGAAGCGACGCGUGCUACCUUACGAGAAGCUCUAUAUUUCCGCUCUACCGAAGUCUGCCCGCUACUCGAAAUCCCUGAUGCAUAAGGAGCAGCUGUCGUUUGUCACAAUGACCCCCUUGACGGACUUCCUCAUCACCACAUCUGUGGACGGAGUCGCAAAGUUCUGGAAGAAGGUUUUUGGUGAUAUCGAGUUUGUGAAAGAAUUCAAGGCGCAUCAGGGUGAAAUACGGUCGGCCUCUGUCAGCCAAGACGGAAGGAGCUUUGCGACUGCUGGUGUUGACAAGACCAUCAAGAUCUUUGAUGUGAUCACGUUCGAUCUUCUGGCGAUGCUGACCCUGGAUUACGUCCCAAAAUGCGUGUGUUGGGUGCACAAAAAAGGCGCUUCGCUCCCUCUCCUGGCAGUUUCGGAUGACGCGAAGCCCGUCAUACAUAUCUAUGACGGUCGGGGCGAGAAGCAAGAGCCCAUCCACACUAUCAAGGGACUGCAUAGAGGUAUUGUGUCUCUCAUGGCAUUCAAUGACAGUUAUGACUGUGUCAUAUCUGCCGAUGAGAGCGGCAUGGUCGAGUACUGGAGCCCAAGUGGUGGCUACGAGAAGCCCGACAAUGUCUUCCAGUACAAGAGCUCCACCAAUCUCUUUGAGUUCAAGAAGGCGAAGUCAACGCCGACGUCUCUCAACAUCUCGCCCUCCGGGCAUCAGUUUGUGACCUUUUCUAUGCCAGAUCGCAAGAUUCGCGUGUUCGAGUUCGCAACCGCGAAGCUACAUAGGACUUAUGAUGAGUCCUUGCAGGUGAUUGAGGAGAUGCAACAAGCUGCAACAGCUGUUCAGAAGCUUGAGCCUGUCGAAUUUGGACGUCGCUUUGCCGUUGAACGCGAGGUGGACUCGGCUACCUACCGCAACAAGGUCAAUGUGAUAUUCGAUGAGUCUGGCCACUUCAUCAUUUACGGCUCGAUCGCUGGAAUCAAAGUAUUAAAUACUUACACAAACCAUGUUGUCAAGGUCUUUGGAAAAGACGAGAAUUUCCGAGCCCUCAACUUGGCCAUCUAUCAAGGAGCACCUCAAAAGAAAGGCGUAAUGACUGUGGCCAUGGCUGCCUCCAGUAACCCGCUACUACAGGAGUCUGAAGCCAAAGACCCGAUGUUGAUAACGACAGGCAUUGGCAAGGUCCGCUUUUACAUGUUCACCAACGAGGAGGAGAUUACAAGAUCAACCAGAGAUGUCCAAAACGAGAAGCCGACAAUGCUAGGGGGCCGUAACAAGGCAGCCGAAGAAAAGAAAGCAGAGACAGGAACGGCAGCGAUCAUUCAUACGACUUAUGGCGAUAUUCAUAUUCGACUCUUCCCGGAGGCCGCACCGAAAGCUGUAGAGAACUUUGUGACGCACUCGAAGCGAGGCUAUUACAACAAUACCAUAUUCCACCGUGUCAUAAAGAAGUUUAUGAUCCAAGGAGGCGACCCUCUUGGCGAUGGAACUGGUGGUGAGAGUAUCUGGGGCAAGGAGUUUGAGGAUGAAUUCAGCAGUCUGAAACACGACAAACCAUACACCGUGAGCAUGGCAAACGCUGGCCCGAACACAAAUGGCAGCCAGUUCUUCAUCACAACUGAGAAGACGCCUUGGCUUGACAACAAGCACACAAUAUUCGGCCGCGCCACGCAGGGACUGGAUGUGAUUCACAAGAUAGAGAACACGCGCACCUACAAGGAGAAACCGGAAGAGGACAUCAAGAUUCUGAAUAUUGACAUUGUAUAA